GCGCAGUCGGUGGUCGCGGUCGGUGUUAGGUGGUUAGAAGGAAACAGAUUUGGCAGUGGAGCGAGCGACGCCUGCGGACGAUAAACGCGGUUCGUCCACGUGCUCCGGCUUAGACGCCGGGGGGCGGAAAAACCGGUAUAUUCUAACGGCCGUGAUCGUGGGAUCUCGAUCGUCAUCGGGAUAUUUCGAUCGUGACUGGAUUUUAAAACCAGUCCCGGGCCGACGACGGUGACUUAAACGCGCAACUCUCCCGACGUGCGGAGAACGUUAGGCACUCGCCCCCGCGUCCCACGCGACUACGACGUCUCGUGUUUUUCCGCGUUUUCUCGCCGCGGGCCACGUACCGCGCGCGACCCCGUUUCGUGCCCGAACGCGCAUCGGAAGCAACCGUUGGAGCACGAACCAGACGUAUCCUCCUAGCACUCGGAGAAUAAGUAAUCUCGGCGGCCGUCGAUGGAUGAGACGUAAAGACCAUCGAAACGAGGGUGGUACGCGAUGGAAGACGGAGCCGACUGAACCGGAGAGAUUCGUUACGAGUGGAUCGGUUUUGAUGCGGGAGGAUCCCCCCGGUGCUGCGUUUCUCGAUUCGUGAUAUAAAUCGAGGAGAGAGAUACACGCGAGUAAAUCGACGCCUAUGUUUCGUGUAGCUUGUUCGCGACUGAUAAAUCGGGCCGAACGGUGUCGCGCGCGCGCGCGUGUCCCUAAUCGAUCGGUCGAAUCGAUCCACAGAUCGUACCGAUCGUAGCCGGUUGGUUCGCCGGUAAGAAGAGUACGGUUGUGUCGGUCACGUACGCGUACGCGUAUUCAUCGCCAGAAACGCGUUCGUUAAGAAUAAAGGGGAAGCUGGUAAACCCGGGCGGUGAGCUGCAAGGUGACCCCCACGUCAGAAGUCGCGAGACGAUGAGCGACGGCAUAGUCGGUGCAAUCGCGAUCAGUUUGUUCGGCAGCGACAAGAAACGUCGGGACAGCAUGGACGCCGGUUACACGAUUCUUGGCAACGACGUCGACGUCUGCAGAAUGUUCGACCAGUUCUCUUACAAGAGAAACGAGAACCUCGAUUUUUCGCUGAACGUGCCGCAGUCCCACCAUCAUCCGGCGUCUUAUCAUCACGACGGUUACGCCAUGGCUGAUCAGACGUUUCACACACCAAGUUUCGGCGACGAGGACUUCGAUAUCCCCGCUAUCCACUCUCACUCGCAUCAGCAACAACAGCAACAGCGGCAGCAACAAUCGCAGCAACAAUCUCAGCACGAUCCGAUGCAUAGCUAUCAGUCUCAGAUGAUACAGUCCACGGGAGGAAGUAUCCAACAAUCUCCGGACGGGCUGAAUCUCGAUCCAGGUGGAUAUCAGCAAUCGCUUUAUCUACAACAAGACCACUCAUUACAGCCGAUCAGCGUCAGUUCGACGUACAGCAACUCGCAGGGAUCGUACGCGACGAUGAGUUCGCCGCGUCAACAACACGGAAAUCAACAAAUGAUGUUGCUCCAGCAACAGCAACAACAGCAGGCGCAGAUGCAGCAACAUAUGCAGUAUAUGCAUAACCAGCAGCAGCAACAGCAGCAACAACAACAGCAAAUGCAACAACAGAUGCAGUACAGGAGUCCGACGGGCGGCAGCCCACCAGCGAUGCAGCAAACCAACGUUCCGGAACCAAACAACAAUACUACAACCAGCGAAGACAGCGACGAUAGCACGCCACAUUCCGGAAUGAUCACUGGCAUCAAGCGGCCCUCGCCGGAACCGGCAGAUGUUGGGGCAAAAAAUCAGAGAAAACCAAAGUCGCAGAAGAAGAAGAAAAAAAGAGAUCCCAACGAACCGCAAAAGCCCGUUUCGGCGUACGCUCUGUUCUUCAGGGACACGCAGGCAGCGAUAAAGGGACAAAAUCCGAACGCGAGUUUCGGUGAAGUAUCAAAAAUCGUCGCUUCGAUGUGGGAUGCUUUGGAUACCGAACACAAGAAUGUUUACAAGAAGAAGACCGAGGCUGCGAAAAAAGAGUAUCUGCAGGCUCUGGCGGCGUACAGAGCAUCUCUGGUCAGUAAAGGAGCAGCCGAGAAUGAACAGCAACAGCAGCAGCAACCGUCACCACAGCAACAGCAACAGCAGCAGCAACAGGUUCAGUACGCAGCGUACGGCAGCUACACCGGAAGCGGAACGCCCGGAAACGUUUCGUAUCAGGUCUACAGCCCGCAGCCUCAACCGCCGUCGCCUCAACAGCAACACGCCCAUCCCCAUCAGCAUCAUCAGCAUCAGCCACAAUCGCAGCAAAUGCAAAUGAAAAAAUCACCCCACCAUUUGGCCAUGUCUGGGAACCCGCAACAAACACAGCAGGGUAUGAUAAACAAUUCAAUGGCACCGUCACAUAUUUCCCAACAACAGCAACAACCGCAGGCACAGUCCCAGCAACAGCAGCAGCAGCAACAGCAACACAUGCAGCAGCAACAAGUCACACAGCAACAAUACAUGCAGCAAGUCCAACAGCAACAGGUGCAGCAGGUGCAGGUGCAGCAGCAGUCCCAGCAUCACCAUCAUCAUCAACAGCAACAGCAGCAGCAGCAGCAGCAGCAACAGCAAAUGAUGCACACGAGCAACCAGAAAGGUGACUCGUUGUCGAGCCCACCGUCGGUGAACUCGGCGGCCCAGGCGACAAUGGGCGGUCAAAGACCCGCGUCCAACGCUUGCAUACGCCACGGGUGCCCGAAUCCCGCGGUAGCGAACAGCGAAUGGGAGGAUGAGUACUGUAGCAACGAAUGCGUGGUUAGCCAUUGCAGAGACGUGUUCACUACGUGGGUGUCUUCGAAUCAAAAUUCCCAGCAAAACUUCUCGACCGUAAAAUAAGAAAUCUGUACACUAAAUGAUUGUAGUAAGCGCGAUAAUCCUGAACGCGUACGGCUAUCGUUCGUUCCUAGCCGACACGAGCACGACCGAUACGUUGAGUGUACAUAGAUCGACAAAAAGGUUCGCGUAAAAUCAAAAAAAGGAAAAAAAAAAAAGAGAAAAUCCCAGACCGACGACAAGAACACACGGUAAUUAUUUA